AUGUUGGUGUUGAUUUUAAGUUCUAUUCUAGUUUCAAAUGCAAAUUUUGUCUUUAGUGUAAAUCCAGUUAUUUUUGUUCCUGGAGAUGGAGGCAGUCAAAUUGAAGCAAAGCUAAAUAAAACCUCAAGUCCUGCUGUCUAUUGUGAAAAACAUACUAGUUACUAUUACACAUUAUGGCUCGACUUGAGUCAGAUUUCCUUGGCUCAAAAUUGUUUUGUGGAUAACAUGAGAUUGGUGUACAAUUCAACCACCCACAGAACUCAAGACUCACCAGGGGUUUCUAUCCAAGUACCUGGCUUUGGAAACACUAACACAGUAGAAUUUCUUGAUCCUGGCCGAGAAGAGUUCACUACUUACUAUUUUCAUAUUAUUGAGAGGCUAAUAAAAGAAGGCUACGCAAGAAACAUCUCUUUGCGAGGAGCACCAUAUGACUUCAGGCGAUCACCAAAUGAGUUUCAAGAUUAUUUUUCUAAGGUAAAAAAGCUGAUCUUGGAGACGUAUAAGGCAAAUAAUAACAGCAGAGUGAUCCUAAUGGCCCACAGCAUGGGAUCACCGACCAUGUUGUAUUUCCUUAAUCGUCAGAGCCAAGCUUGGAAGGACAAGUAUAUCCGUUCUUUGGUUACCAUCUCUGGAGUCUGGGGUGGUGCCUUAAAAACACUUCGCUUGAUGUCAUCAGGUGACAACUUGGGUAUAUUUGUGGUGAAACCACAUCUUGUCCGGGAAUACCAACGUAGUGCCACUUCAACUGCCUGGCUGAUGCCAUACGACACCUUCUGGGGAGCUGAUGAAAUACUUGUCAGCCAACCAAAACGCAAUUACACUGUUAAUGACUAUAAGCAGUUUUUUGACGACAUAAACUACCCAGCUGGUUAUAUGAUGCGAAAAGACACUGAAAACCUGAUAAAAAAAUUGACCCCACCUGGUGUGGAAGUCUUCUGCAUCCAUGGCGUUAACAUAUCAACACCUGCACAACUGAAUUUCCAAAAUGGCUUCCCUGAUGAGCAACCAAGUGUAAAAAGCGGAGCUGGGGAUGGGACCGUCAAUAUACGAAGCUUACUGGGGUGCCUCCGGUGGCAGAAGCAACAGUCACAGCCUGUACACCAUUAUGCUGAAAGUACCUUCUUUUUUUUUUUUCCUUCCUUAUUGACUUUUACAAAGACUGAAAAAAUGCAUUUAACUUUGCAAUAUUUGCAAAUGGUCUAA